AGACUUGUGUUUCACUGAAAUUCUUGAACUCUGUCUGCUGCAGUCAUUGACUCCCUCAUCACUCCUCCUCUCACUGCACUACCACAAAGCCUUACUGGUAAAAACUGCAGCCAUGAGUGAUGAAGAUCAAUAUCUGUUAUUCAAGGAUUUUCUUUAUGAAGCCAACACGACUGACCUAAGCUAUGUGGUCAGUGAAAUUGUCAAGCUUUGUGCAAAGAAGGCUGUCAACCAGUUUGGUGCCAGAUUUAUCCCGGCUUUCUACUUUGCCAACUUCCUCCUGAGUUACCUUGGAAAUGGGCUUGUCCUCCUUAUUAUCUACAAGUACGAGAAGCUCUGCACAGUGACAAACAUCUUCCUCCUGAAUUUAGUCCUCUCCAACCUUCUCUUUGCCGGCAGUCUUCCCUUCUGGGCAACCUACCACCUGUCUGAGUGGAUUUUUGGCAUGGCUCUGUGUAAGCUGGUCAGCAGUGCCUACUUCAUCGGCUUCUACAGCUCCAUCCUCUUCCUUACACUCAUGACAUUUGACCGAUACCUUGCAGUGGUUCACGCUGUGGCAGCCACUAAGAGUAGGAAAAAGGCAUAUGCCAUUAUUGCCUCAGUGGUAGUCUGGUGCGUUAGUAUUGUAGCAAGUUUGAAAGAGCUAGUUCUCCAAAAUGUGGGGCAGAAUCAGUUGAAUGGCCUGACAUGUGAAGAGUCCGGAUACUCUACGAUCACCAUGGAACGCUGGCGUCUGGUCAGCUAUUACCAACAAUUCCUGGUUUUCUUCCUCCUCCCUCUGUUUAUGGUGAUGUACUGCUACAUCAGCAUCACAGUCCGCAUCCUAUCCACCCGCAUGAAGGAGAAGUGUCGUGCCAUCAAACUUAUAUUUGUCAUCAUCUUCACCUUCUUCAUCUGCUGGACACCCUACAAUAUUGUGAUCCUCCUUCGAGCGAUUCAGAUCUCUCGCCCGAGUGAGGGUGAUGACCACUGCUCCUUUGAAGACAGCCUAGACUAUGCCCUGUAUGUGACACGGAACAUUGCCUAUUUGUAUUGUUGCAUUAGUCCUAUGUUUUACACAUUUUUGGGGAAGAAGUUCCAGAGCCACUUCAGAAAGCUGAUAGCUAAGAAGAUCCCCUGUCUGAAGAGACACAUGAGCCUCAGUAGCCAGAGCACCAAAAGCACAUCCCGCACUGCUCAUGAGUACUAGACAGACAGGCAGACAAACAGAGUUUACUCCAUGACAUUCUGCACGACCCUUCAACACUUUCAGGUAGAACAACAAAGAUUUUAAAAAUUAGAUGCAAUAUACUGGAUUGAAAAGCAUGCACAUGGGAGCAACCUACAUGUAAUGAUUUGUAAUCCAAGCUUCUCUUUUCUCUGUUUUCAAAGGCCUCACAGGUGUUUAGUACAUGUUUGUGCAUGAGAUUGCACAGCCCAUAUGUCUGCAGUUGCAUAGCACAAACCAAAUUGAAAACCCUCAAGGAAACAAGGUUAGCUCUGUCAGCAUUUUUGCUGUGGUGAGCACUGUUGUGUUCACACUGCACUGUUGGCUGUAAACUGCUAGCUCAGCUGUACUCAUGUUGAUUCAGUAGAAAUCCUCCCAAUAGUGUAUAUAGAAAAUGUAACAUACUUAGAUGAACUAAUCAGUUCAACAACUACUAAUCUACAGACUGCUUACCAUCUAUUUCGCACAAAUUGCGAAGUAGAUGUUAAGCAUCAAAUUGUUUCCUUUUACUACGCUUUUUUCUUUUUUUUUAGCAAAUGUUGUUUUUUUUCAAAAAGUCUGAGAAAGUUCACAUGAGAAAGUUUGUUUUCAAGUGUGUUAUGAAACCCAUACCACGGUUAAAUCUAAUGUAAUUAGGAGAUGUCACAAAGCCAAUAAGGUUCCCAAUGUCUAAGACCAUUGUUAUUUCUAUAAUGUUCUACUGUUGAGGAAUCCCCCAAAAGCCCUGUAGUGUACUCAUGUGGUGAGAAGCUGAUUAUUUCUCUCCAUAUGAGCGUGGCUCCGUACCCAUAACAGUGGCCGUUGUUUCCAAAAACACACACCUAACACAAUGUACACGAUGUACAAACGAAUAAUCACUUGUAUAAUAUUUUGAAUUGUAUUUAUGACCACACAAGAAUGAUUUCAUGUUUGAAAAAGCUUUAUUUUUCACUUUUUAACAUCUUUGAAAAAAGAUUUCUCACCCCUUGCUCUCCAUUUGCCCGCUAAAACUACGAUUGUGGUGUCUUUUAUCAAGCAUUAUUAGAAAACCCGACCCACCCAUUCCAGGACUUAUCCAUGAACGUUUAAUGUCAUUGUGAGUUAAGACAGACCUCCAGCAACCCAGGGAAGGACAACACAUCACUGUGCAAAGUAAUAGUUACACGUUGCAUGUCCAAUGUGCGUCUGAGUGAUUUUAAGCAUCUGCUUCAGAUUUGCUUAGUGUUAAAAUCAUAUUGAGUCAAUGUUGAAUGAAACUUGUAUAUUCGACACAUCUUCAAAAUGAACUGUGUUUUAACAAUUUAAUAAAUAUGUCAAACAAUC